CGGUUAAACUAUCGCGGUGGUUGGAGGAUUAGCGAUGAGUCUACUUUGGACAAAAGAGAUAUAUAUUCAGCCUUCGCAUUGUUCUAGGUGGCAACUUUGUCACUACUUUCAGCCAAGGAAUGAUCUAUGUGACAACAUUUGCUGGAUACUUCUGUUCCGUUUUGUAGCUCCGUUAUAAAGGUACCGUCAUCUUUCGGCACUGUUGGAGCACCGGGUGCUAGCCACCGCAAGCAAUCCUAGGGAGAGGAGAACGGUAAGAGAAGAGAUCGGGGAGAGAAGAGUGACCAGUGGUGUGGGCAGAGAUGGGAGAACCAGAGUCCCUUAAGUUUGUCUCUCUGGAGGAGGAGGUGGACUACUGGAAGGAACAGACGGCCAAGCACCAACAGAGGGCUGAGGAGGCGCAGGAGGAGCUGCAGGAGUUCCAGCAGAUGAGUCGUGACUACGAGGUGGAACUGGAGACUGAACUCAAGCAGUGUGAAACACAGAACCGAGAACUUGUCACACAGAACAACAGGCUACACAUGGAACUGGAGAACUACAAGGAGAAGUAUGAAAGCCAGUGUCUACCUAAACCUUUUCCUCCUCUCUGUCACCCCUCCAUCAGGGCGACCAUCAUGUCUCUGGAGGACUUUGAACAGAGGAUGAACCACGUGAUAGAGAGGAAUGCCUUCCUGGAGAGCGAGCUGGAUGAGAAGGAGAACCUACUGGAGUCCGUUCAGAGACUGAAGGAUGAAGCCAGAGAUCUAAGACAGGAGUUGGCUGUCCAACAGAAGCAGGAAAGACGACCGUCCUUCGCUGUCACCAAAGACUCUUCCUCAGACAAGACUGAGGACAAAACAUCCCUCCAUACCUCCCAUUCAUCAACACGACCGCCCUCAUCCCUCCAUACCGCCCCUCCUCCUGCUCUCCCUCCAUCCCUCCUCUCCACGCCCUCCAGACCCCCACCCCUCAGCAAGCCCCUUCACCACCCCCCACCCUCUUACAGCAGAGGCGAUGGCCUAUCGGGUGCUCCUCUCACCACGUCGACACGUAUCUCAGCUCUCAACAUCGUAGGAGAACUGCUGAGGAAAGUCGGGAACCUGGAGUCUAAACUAGCGUCCUGUAGGGAGUUUGUCUAUGAACAGUCUCCUGGUCGCAGUACCCUCUCUGGAGGACAGGGGGCGCCACCCAUCCAGAGAGGCACUUCUUCUGACACACCGUCCACCACCAACGGACUCUACGAGAAAGGAAUGGUGAAGAUGUUAGACUUCGGACCAGGACCCAAAAUUAUUCUGUGAACCCCCGCCCUAGCCCCACACCUCAUCAACCCCUCCCUCCAUAUCUAUCAGGGUCGUAUUCGCUAGACACCGACUGGUGCUAAACGGGGAAGGACUAACUGAACUUGUCCAAGAAACUGUUCUUUUUUUGUUGUUGUGCAAAACCUGUUCUGUUGCAAAACGUUUUGCAGUUAGCUACAGCAUGCACUAAUGAAUGUGUCCCUGCCCAGCACAGUCUCCCUAGGUCACCAGGCUUGUAUCCCAGCUUUCAGCUUUCAAUUGGGUUUCAAUGUGCUAGUGUACAGCUCUCACUCUGGAAUGGAAUGGACCAGAUCACUGGACAUCACGGAAGUGAGUCUAGAGUUCUAGAAUGUCAAUGGAACGUCAUGGAACGUCAGUGUUGAUAUCAACUGUUCUAGAGCGCCGUUGAGGAGCUUUGAUGACGUCACGGAUCAACGGUACUCCUUUCUCUGCGCUUUACCCAGGAUGCUUUGCCCUGGGGGGUCUCUUAUCAAGGACUGAGCGAGGCUUCUAGGAGUGGGGCUUAUGGCUUUGGCAAUUCCUGUUGGGACCAACCUGUAGCAGACCCAUAUGUGGUCAAAAGUAGUGCACUAUCUAGGGAACAGGGUGCGACCAGUGUCUAUAGGUAUCUGGUUAAAAGUAGUGUACUAUGUAGGGAACAGGGUGCCAUUUGAGACGUAAUCAGUGUCUCGCUACAGGACGGCACGUGUUUUGUUGUUACAUUUGAUGUGUUCUGUUUUUGUUCCUUUUGUUGUUUCAUGGAGGAAGAAGUCUUACUGGAACGAAUGUUUAUCACACAAUAAUGAUUAAUAUUUAAAAAUUAUAUAUAUUUUACUUCACUUGAAUACACCCCUUUCUUUUGUCUACCAAUGUUUGGAUAAUAAUGCUGUGACUGAACAGUGACACCUACUGGUUAAGGACAGGAAGUGGAAGGAGUGUUAAGAGGGUCAAGAGUAGGGUUGCUAAAUUCAGGUAACUUUCCCCAAAAAUACACUGGUUUUCCAGAAAUCCUGGUUGGAUGAUUCCCGGAAUCAGGGUGUAGUAAGCAGGGAAUCUGGAAUCCUUCAGCCAGGAUUUCUGGGGAAAAAAACAGGACAUCUUGGGACUAGUCAGGAGGCAGAAGGAAAGUUGGCGUAGAAGGUUUGGUGAGGAAUAGAUAUACUUUGCACUUUUUUACUGCAGGUUCAGAUGUUGUCCCUCUAAUGGUUAAGGGUGGGGAUUGGGGUUAGGGUAAUCUGAUCCUAGAUCUGUGGGUGAUUGGUUAGGUUGAGGAAUGUGUUCGGUAUAGAGAGGGCUUCUGUGACAGCAUGGUCAGCUUCUGUGACAGCAUGGUCAGCGCCAUUGAGGGAUUUCUCAAUUUUAAAGUAGUCAAUUUCUUCUUCAACGGUAAAGUGAAGGUUGGUGAUUUACUGCCCCCUGGAGGGUGUUGUCUGAACAGGUACAAAGACCAGGUUGGUGAUUUACUGCCCCCUGGAGGGUGUUGUCUGAACAGGUAUAAAGACAUGGUUGGUGUUUUACUGCCCCCUGGAGGGUGUUGUUUGAACAGGUAUAAAGACAUGGUUGGUGAUUUACUGCCCCCUGGAGGGUGUUGUCUGAACAGGUAUAAAGACAUGGUUGGUGAUUUACUGCCCCCUGGAGGGUGUUGUCUGAACAUGUAUAAAGACAUGGUUGGUGAUUUUACUGCCCCCUGGAGGGUGUUGUCUGAGGGUGUUGUCUGAACAGGUAUAAAGACAUGGUUGGUGAUUUACUGCCCCCUGGAGGGUGUUGUCUGAACAGGUAUAAAGACAUGGUUGGUGAUUUACUGGCACCUGCAGUUAUGUAAUGUUUGUUGGGGAGUAUAAUUCAUUGGCUGAUCAGUCCUGCUGACCUGGAUGGAAUUCUGUAAUCCUUUCCUGACCGAUAGCAAGUACCAGCCACUUCUUGACUACUUCAAAGUGGUGGAAGUCCUCAAUGGCUCGCUCUACCCCAUGCUUAAACCGGCUUCGUGGCACAAGAGCCGUCUAUCCUAGUCUAUGGUGUUGAGGGUGCUACUGAUGGUGGCACGUCAGCCUGGUAAAACCUGACUGAACGCUAGCCUGUGCUCACCUUUAGAGCUUCAACAUGGCUGAUAUUAUAACAGAGUUAGAUGACCAAAGUUAAUGAUGCCUUCUUGAACUAUAAUGUGUUUAAACUACAGCAAUACAGUAGGAUGUUCUUACUGGUAGAAGUCUUGAAUGAUGAAUGAACUAUCCAUGAGUCAUCCACGUGGAGAUUGAAGCCGUAUUUUAUAGUUGUAAGUGGAAAUGUUGAUAUUUGGAUAUGACAGACAGCCACGUAGGUUGCUCAGAGGGUAGUUGAUAUGAACUCCGACAGCUGAGUAUGUUGCUCAGAGGGUAGUGGAUAUGAACUCAGACAGCUGAGUAUGUUGCUCAGAGGGUAGUGGAUAUGAACUCAGACAGCUGAGUAUGUUGCUCAGAGGGUAGUGGAUAUGAACUCAGACAGCUGAGUAUGUUGCUCAGAGGGUAGUCCAGAUUUAUGUUUGUUAUGCGACGGCUGUGAAUGACUGACUAGGGCUGCAAAAUUCAGCUAACUUUCUCAAAUUUCCCACAUAUUCCAUAAAUCAGUGUUAGAAGAUUCACGGAAUCAAGCGGGAAUAAGCAAGAAAUCCAACAUUCCAACCAGGAAUUCUGGAAAUCCAUUUAUUAAAAAAAACAUUUUUAGGUUAGUUUUUCAAACCUGUGAAUGUGGUUUAGAAUCUCAGGGGUUUUAACCCCUACAAGAUGAGUGUUUAACAUAUUGUAUAUGGUGGCACAAGUGUAACAGAGGUUAUUUGGCUCUGAUAAACCAGUGGUUCACCACCAAGUAAUGUACUCCAUGCUCUGCCCUCUACCCCCUCAGGAGUCUUUGACCAGUAAGCCUGUGGUCUCAUGAGUCUUUGAUCAGUAAGCCUGUGGUCUCAUGAGUCUUUGACCAGUAAGCCUGUGGUCUCAUGAGUCUUUGACCAGUAAGCCUGUGGUCUCAGGAGUCUUCUCAAGGAGCCCCUGUGGAUUGGCCAAUUACCCCCAAGGGUUCUAGUGCCACUGGUUGUGAACCACUGGGGUUACUAUGCUUGCAUGGUGAAUAACUUUGCCUGAGAUCUGAAGACUCGCGUUAGCACCCUAGGGUAAUGCCUUGGCUUUAACUCAGCGGGCUAACACAGUCUCUGAAGGCGCUCAAUGGCCUGGGUAUGUGGGUUUGAAUACCUGGUUGAUCAUUCUCACCCCUAUGUUUUGGGUGUUUGUUGGUUCGUUUUGUGAUGACAGGCUUGUGUCUUAAAUAUCAACACAUUCCCUAUAUAGGGCCCUACUUUUUUCCCCCAGUUAAAAGUAAGGGCAUACUACUCAGUCAUAGGAGCCAGUCAAAAGUAGGAUGCUAUAUAGGGAAUAGGGUGCCAUUUAUGGACGCACUCAAAUACUGUCACACCUAUAUUGAUGAUAUUGUUGCUUAUAUCCUGUUGGGUGAAGCUUUGUGCCUUACUCUGAGACCACAGCGUGGUCUGACCUUAUUAAAGAUGUCUCUGUGUAGCUGGGA